AUGUCAGUCAUACACAGUCCAGACAAAGAUUUAACCAUGUCUCAUGAAAAGGUGCACCCUAUAGAAUUAGAUGCUCAUAAAUAUCCUUUCGACGACCUUAAAGAAGGGUCAGACAAGCUACAUAAACCUGUAAUUCCUGAUAAAAAGGAAGAAAAAGGGGUAACAGAAAAACCAGCUCUAACUGACAAACAAACAAAGCCUGACAAAGAUUUGAUGGCUCCUCUCGGUGACCUUAAAGAAACUUUAGACGAACCAAAGCAACCCGUAGUAUCCGAUAAGAAAGAAGAUAAAGCAGUAAUAGAUACACCUUCUGUAAUUGAGAAACCAUUAAAGUCUGUCAUACACAGUCCAGACAAAGAUUUAACCAUGUCCCCUGAAAAGGUGCACCCUAUAGAAUUAGAUGAUCAUAUAUCUCCUUUCGACGACCUUAAAGAAGGGUCAGACAAGCCACAUAAACCUGUAAUUCCUGAUAAAAAGGAAGAAAAAGGGGUAACCGAAAAAUCAGCUCUAACUGACACACAAACAAAGCCUGACAAAGAUUUGACGGCUCCUCUCGAUGACCUUAAAGAAACUUUAGACGAACCAAAGCAACCCGUAGUAUUCGAUAAAAAAGAAGAUAAUGCAGUAAUAGAUACACCUUCUGUAAUUGAGAAACCAUUAAAGUCUGUCAUACACAGUCCAGACAAAGAUUUAACCAUGUCUCCUGAAAAGGUGCACCCUAUAGAAUUAGAUGAUCAUAUAUCUCCUUUCGACGACCUUAAAGAAGGGUCAGACAAGCCACAUAAACCUGUAAUUCCUGAUAAAAAGGAAGAAAAAGGGGUAACAGAAAAACCAGCUCUAACUGACAAACAAACAAAGCCUGACAAAGUUUUGAUGGCUCCUCUCGAUGACCUUAAAGAAACUUUAGACGAACCAAAGCAACCCGUAGUAUCCGAUAAAAAAGAAGAUAAUGCAGUAAUAGAUACACCUUCUGUAAUUGAGAAACCAUUAAAGUCUGUCAUACACAGUCCAGACAAAGAUUUAACCAUGUCUCCUGAAAAAGUGCACACUAUAGAAUUAGAUGAUCAUAAAUCUCCCCUCGGUGACGUUAAAGAAGAGUCAGACAAGCCACAUAAACCUGUAAUUCCUGAUAAAAAGGAAGAAAAAGGGGUAACAGAAAAACCAGCUCUAACUGACAAACAAACAAAGCCUGACAAAGAUUUGAUGGCUCCUCUCGAUGACCUUAAAGAAACUUUAGACGAACCAAAGCAACCCGUAGUAUCCGAUAAGAAAGAAGAUAAAGCAGUAAUAGAUACACCUUCUGUAAUUGAGAAGCCAUUAAAGUCUGUCAUACACAGUCCAGACAAAGAUUUAACCAUGUCUCCUGAAAAGGUGCACCCUAUAGAAUUAGAUGAUCAUAAAUUUCCCCUCGGUGACGUUAAAGAAGAGUCAGACAAGCCACAUAAACCUGUAAUUCCUGAUAAAAAGGAAGAAAAAGGGGUAACAGAAAAACCAGCUCUAACUGACAAACAAACAAAGCCUGAAAAAGAUUUGAUGAUUCCUCUCGGUGACCUUAAAGAAACUUUAGAUGAACCAAAGCAACCCGUAGUAUCGGAUAAGAAAGAAGAUAAAGCUGUAAUAGAUACACCUUCUGUAAUUGAGAAACCAUUAAAGUCUGUCAUACACAGUUCAGACAAAGAUUUAACCAUGUCUCCUGAAAAAGUGCACCCUAUAGAAUUAGAUGAUCAUAAAUCUGCCCUCGGUGACGUUAAAGAAGAGUCAUACAAGCCACAUAAACCUGUAAUUCCUGAUAAAAAGGAAGAAAAAGGGGUAACAGAAAAACCAGCUCUAACUGACAAACAAACAAAGCCUGAAAAAGAUUUGAUGAUUCCUCUCGGUGACCUUAAAGAAACUUUAGAUGAACCAAAGCAACCCGUAGUAUCGGAUAAGAAAGAAGAUAAAGCUGUAAUAGAUACACCUUCUGUAAUUGAGAAACCAUUAAAGUCUGUCAUACACAGUCCAGAAAAAGAUUUAACCAUGUCUCCUGAAAAGGUGCACCCUAUAGAAUUAGAUGAUCAUAUAUCUCCUUUCGACGACCUUAAAGAAGGGUCAGACAAGCCACAUAAACCUGUAAUUCCUGAUAAAAAGGAAGAAAAAGGGGUAACAGAAAAACCAGCUCUAACUGACAAACAAACAAAGCCUGACAAAGAUUUGAUGGCUCCUCUCGAUGACCUUAAAGAAACUUUAGACGAACCAAAGCAACCCGUAGUAUCCGAUAAAAAAGAAGAUAAAGCAGUAAUAGAUACACCUUCUGUAAUUGAGAAGCCAUUAAAGUCUGUCAUACACAGUCCAGACAAAGAUUUAACCAUGUCUCCUGAAAAGGUGCACCCUAUAGAAUUAGAUGAUCAUAAAUUUCCCCUCGGUGACGUUAAAGAAGAGUCAUACAAGCCACAUAAACCUGUAAUUCCUGAUAAAAAGGAAGAAAAAGGGGUAACAGAAAAACCAGCUCUAACUGACAAACAAACAAAGCCUGAAAAAGAUUUGAUGAUUCCUCUCGGUGACCUUAAAGAAACUUUAGAUGAACCAAAGCAACCCGUAGUAUCGGAUAAGAAAGAAGAUAAAGCUGUAAUAGAUACACCUUCUGUAAUUGAGAAACCAUUAAAGUCUGUCAUACACAGUUCAGACAAAGAUUUAACCAUGUCUCCUGAAAAGCCUGACAAAGUUUUGAUGGCUCCUCUCGAUGACCUUAAAGAAACUUUAGACGAACCAAAGCAACCCGUAGUACCCGAUAAGAAAGAAGAUGAAGCAGUAAUAGAUGCACCUUCUGUAAUUGAGAAACCAUUAAAGUCUGUCAUACACAGUCCAGAAAAAGAUUUAACCAUGUCUCCUGAAAAGGUGCACCCUAUAGAAUUAGAUGAUCAUAUAUCUCCUUUCGACGACCUUAAAGAAGGGUCAGACAAGCCACAUAAACCUGUAAUUCCUGAUAAAAAGGAAGAAAAAGGGGUAACAGAAAAACCAGCUCUAACUGACAAACAAACAAAGCCUGACAAAGAUUUGAUGGCUCCUCUCGAUGACCUUAAAGAAACUUUAGACGAACCAAAGCAACCCGUAGUAUCCGAUAAAAAAGAAGAUAAAGCAGUAAUAGAUACACCUUCUGUAAUUGAGAAGCCAUUAAAGUCUGUCAUACACAGUCCAGACAAAGAUUUAACCAUGUCUCCUGAAAAGGUGCACCCUAUAGAAUUAGAUGAUCAUAAAUUUCCCCUCGGUGACGUUAAAGAAGAGUCAUACAAGCCACAUAAACCUGUAAUUCCUGAUAAAAAGGAAGAAAAAGGGGUAACAGAAAAACCAGCUCUAACUGACAAACAAACAAAGCCUGAAAAAGAUUUGAUGAUUCCUCUCGGUGACCUUAAAGAAACUUUAGAUGAACCAAAGCAACCCGUAGUAUCGGAUAAGAAAGAAGAUAAAGCUGUAAUAGAUACACCUUCUGUAAUUGAGAAACCAUUAAAGUCUGUCAUACACAGUUCAGACAAAGAUUUAACCAUGUCUCCUGAAAAGCCUGACAAAGUUUUGAUGGCUCCUCUCGAUGACCUUAAAGAAACUUUAGACGAACCAAAGCAACCCGUAGCACCCGAUAAGAAAGAAGAUGAAGCAGUAAUAGAUGCACCUUCUGUAAUUGAGAAACCAUUAAAGUCUGUCAUACACAGUCCAGAAAAAGAUUUAACCAUGUCUCCUGAAAAGGUGCACCCUAUAGAAUUAGAUGAUCAUAUAUCUCCUUUCGACGACCUUAAAGAAGGGUCAGACAAGCUACAUAAACCUCCUGACAAAGAUUUGAUGGCUCCUCUCGAUAACCUUAAAGAAACUUUAGACGAACCAAAGCAACCCGUAGUAUCCGAUAAAAAAGAAGAUAAAGCAGUAAUAGAUACACCUUCUGUAAUUGAGAAACCAUUAAAGUCUGUCAUACACAGUCCAGACAAAGAUUUAACCAUGUCUCCUGAAAAGCCUGACAAAGUUUUGAUGGCUCCUCUCGAUGACCUUAAAGAAACUUUAGACGAACCAAAGCAACCCGUAGUACCCGAUAAGAAAGAAGAUGAAGCAGUAAUAGAUGCACCUUCUGUAAUUGAGAAACCAUUAAAGUCUGUCAUACACAGUCCAGAAAAAGAUUUAACCAUGUCUCCUGAAAAGGUGCACACUAUAGAAUUAGAUGAUCAUAUAUCUCCCCUCGGUGACGUUAAAGAAGGGUCAGACAAGCCACAAAAACCUGUAAUUUCUGAUAAAAGGGAAGAAAAAGGGGUAACAGAAAAACCAGCUCUAACUGACAAACAAACAAAGCCUGACAAAGAUUUCAUGAUUCCUCUCGAUGACGUUAAGGAAACUUUAGACGAACCAAAGCAACCCGUAGUAUCCGAUAAAAAAGAGGAUAAAACAGUAAUAGAUACACCUUCUGAAAUUGAGAAACCAUUAAAGUUUGUCAUACACAGUCCAGACAAAUAUUUAACCAUGUCUCCUGAAAAGUUGCACCCUAUAGAAUUGGAUUAUUCUAAAUCUCCUCUCGACGACCUUAAAGAAGAGACAGACAAGCCACAUAAACCUGUAAUAUCUGAUAAAAGGGAAGAAAAAGGGCUAGCAGGAAAGCCAGCUCUAACUGAAAAACAAACAAAACCUGACAAAGACUUAAUGGCUCCUCUCGAUGACCUUAAAGAAACUUUAGACGAACCAAAGCAACCCGUAGUAUCCGAUAAAAAAGAAGAUAAAGCAGUAAUAGAUACACCUUCUGAAAUUGAGAAACCACUAAAGUCAAUCAUACACAGUCCAGAUAAAGAUUUAACCACGUCCCCUGAAAAGAUGCACCCUAUAGAAUUAGGUGAUCAUAAAUCUCCUCUCGAUUACCUUAAGAAAGACUCAGACAAGCCACAUAAAUCUGUAAUUUCCGAUAAAAGGGAAGAAAAAGGGGUAACAGAAAAACCAGCUCUAACUGAAAAACAAACAAAGCCUGACAAAGAUUUGAUGUCUCCUCUCGAUGACCUUAAAGAAACGUUAGACGAACCAAAGCAACCCGUAGUAUCCGAUAAAAAAGAAGAUAAAGCAGUAAUAGAUACACCUUCUGUAAUUGAGAAACCAUUGAAGUCUGUCAUACACAUUCCUGAUAAAGUGCACCCUAUACAAUUGGAUGAUCAUAAAUCCCCUCUUGAUGACCUCAAAGAAGAGUCAGACAAGCCACUUAAAUCUGUAACUUCUGAUAAAAGGGAAGAAAAAUGGGUAAUAGAAAAUCCAGCUCUAAGCGAAAAACCAACAAAGCCUGACAUGGAGAGGUCUGACAGAGACUUGACCAUCUCACCUGAAAAAGUAGACCCGACAGUAGUAGGUGAUUAUAAAACUCCUCUCGAUGACCUUACAGAAAAGUUAGAUCAACAAAAGCUACCUGUAGUUUCCGAUAAAAAGGAAGAAAAAGGGGUAACAGAAAAACCAGCUCUGACUGACAAACAAACAAAGCCUGACAAAGAUUUGAUGGCUCCUCUCGAUGACCUUAAAGAAACUUUAGACGAACCAAAGCAACCCGUAGUAUCCGAUAAGAAAGAAGAUAAAGCAGUAAUAGAUAUACAUUCUGUAAUAGAAAAACCAUUGAAGUCUGUCGUUUACAGUCCCGACAUGAAUUUAAUCAUUUCGCCUGAAAAUGAUCUUUUGAUAAAAGAAAAAUCUUUCGAUAAAACAUCCCUUAUUAGAAAACCAAUUAAGAGUGCUAAAGAGAGCCCUGUAAUAGAACUGAAAACGUUGGACCUCACAUCAAAAGUUAGCAAUUUGGAAGAUAAACUCUUAGACAAAUCUGUAGCUAUUGAAAAGUCUAUAAGCUAUACGGAAAAUGUUAUGAAGGAAACACACGGUACAACUCAGUCGAAAAUCUUAAGUAAGUCUAAUACAAAUGAUUUGAGCAAAAAUCAGUUUUCAAAUGCAAAUAUGCAAAGAACCAAUCAUGCUCUAAGAUCUGCGAAACUAAAAUCGAAAUAUGAAAAAUCUCAUUUAACAGAAAGUUCGCCAGAGGAAUUAGCUAUUGAGCGUAAAGACAGACCGAUCAAAAAACCUUUCACGGGACUGUCUAAAAGAGUAAAAGACGGGAAGAUUUCAACAAAGUUGGACAAAAACAGUAAAACCGAUUAUGUAAUAACUAAACCUAUGCCUGCUAUAAUGGCUAACUCAAUUAUCUCUGGAAAAGACGACGAAUCUUUUACAACCGGAUUAAAAAGUGAUAUUGAAUCUACAGAACCAGAUAGUAUUGAGUCAGAUAAUGAAGUUGAAUCAGACAAUAGUCUUGACAGUUUAGAAGCUUUUCCCGCAAAAUAUCAAACUUUUGCUAAAGAAGAGCAAGACAUCAAAAACAUUUCAUUAACACAAAAGAAAUCAUCUCAUUCAGUAAGUUACUUUGUUGAUUUAAAAUCUGAGAAGAUUAAACCGCGUACUCCUAUUAAAAAAUCAAAACAAGAUAGAACUCAAACUAGUAAAAUUGUAAGAAGAGAAACGGAUCCUAAACUUGAUCCUAAAUUGUUAAAACCAAAGGGUGCAAAUAUUAAUUUAAUGGAGCAAAGAAGACCAAUUAAAAGUCAAAAAAUUAAAUUAAAACCGACAAAAAUUUCAUCUGAUAGUGAUUCAGCAACGGCCGCCAAAAUUGAAGACUUCAAAGAUGUCGAAACUUCAGAACAAAAUAUACAAACGACAAAAAAGAAAACAAUAAAAUCAUCGGCACCUUUUACACCCGUAAAAACGCACAAAACAACCAAAGUUCAAGCUUUCAACUUGUCGUUUGAACGACAGAUAUCUAUUGAAAAGAAAACAUUAGCAAAAUCAAAGGACAGCAAUAAAUAUUCUGUUGAGAUAUCUAAAUCUAGAAAAAUUUUAAAGACGCCAGGUAUGGAAAUUUCUAAACCAAAAGUUGUCUUAGAAAGUAAACCAUAUAUUCCGACAUCAGCGAAUUCUCGUAAGUUCGGUUAUAUGCAAUCAACAGUUUCUCGUAAUGCUAAAGUUGGACUUCCAAUUGAAAUACCAGAUUCGAACAGUAGAUCAGUUUCACCGAGACCCCCAUAUCAUUUGACUGAAGAACGUAGCAUAACUCCAUCAACACAUCGAAUUUUAAGUCAAAAUCUUGAGCAAAGUUUAACUCCAACUUAUCAAAAAAAUUUAGAAAAACAACAUAGUUUCAUAAAAGAGUCAAGAAAACCGCAAGAAAUUAAAAAGUAUAAAUCAACCAGUACAAGUAAAUCUGCUUCACAAACAUCUACAAAUUCAUCUACAUCAAUAGCUUCUGUUAUCAUUUCAACUAAAAUUUCAAAAGAUCAAUUACAAACUAAAGAUAAAGAUGUGAAAAUUGAAGGUCAGUCUGGUCAAACCAGAACAAAAUCCCAAAAAUUAACUAAAGUGGACGCUUCUACCACCAAAACAGCUGAUAAAAAACCUCCGUCAAACAAGUUAGCUUUAGAAAAAAGUCAAAAAAGCCUUUUAAAUUUGAGUAGACGAACACAAUCAUUAACAAAAACUAAUAAAUCAGAUAUAAAAAUAUCGACUAAGUCUGUUGAUACAGCAUCAAAAAAUAUUAAGAGUAGUAGUAGUACAUUAAAAAAUGUAACAAGUAAAAUUGAUAGUAGAAGAGAGACGACUAUAAAAAAAUUAGAUAAUAAAAAUAUUGUAUCAGAUAAAUCUACAAAGAAAACUAAAGAAGUUAUAAAUACAAAACUUCAAGAAUCAAAACCACCUCCAAUACGUAGUUCUGUUGUAAUACAAACAACAACACAAUUUGAACCAAUAGAAAUAAGAAAACCAUUACGUAUUAAAAAACAUAUCGGUGAUAAACAAACAAAAUCCGAUGAUGAAAAUUAUACAAAAAGAUGUCAAUCAGCAUUACAAUAUGCCUCAAAAGAUUCAAUUAUGUAUAAUAAUGAAAUGACAAAACAAAAAGAACCAUCUUCUCUUCCGUCCAGUCCUAAUCAUUUUUUACGUAAAUCAAAAUCAAAUGGUACAAAAAUUUAUACAAGUGAAGUUUUUACACGAACUGUUGAUCCAUCAAAAUCAAUUGAAGUAAUAUUUAGGCAACCAUUAACAGUAGAUUAUAGUGAAUUAGUUAAAAAAGCAAAUGAAUAUAAAUGUGCUGAUUUUGAUGUUAGCCUAAUUGAAACAACAACAGAUUCUAGUUUAUCUGAUUCUAUUGCAUUACCAUCAUUUUCAUCUGGUGUCGAUACAGAAAAAAAAUAUAGUCCAACUUCACCAAAACCCACCAAAAGACCAUUACAAUUAAUUGAAGAUUUAAGAAGUCAAAAACCACAACAACAGCAACAAUUACAACAACAACAACAACAACAAUUAAGUUUACAACAAAUGCAAAUACAACAACAACAUUUGCAAAUGAAAUCAUCACAACAUCAGAAACAAAUUGAUAAUAUUCAAAAAAUCCAUUCAAUUCAUUCUUCAAUAGAACAUAAACAAAAAACUGAAUCAAUAGAAAUUUCAAGUUCAUCAUCGAAUACAAUUGAAACAGGAACAACAACAACAUCAUUAUCAAAUAUAAAAUUAGAAAAUCAAAUUGAUAUUUCUGCACAAAAUAAUACAAUUCAACAAACCUUAACACCAUCAACUCCAACAAGUACCAUAAAAUCAAAGGAUCAUAUAUCAAGUUCUGAAUCAAGUUCAUCACAAGAAACAGAACAAACAAUUUAUACCAAAGAAAUGAGUGAUGAAACAAAAGUUAAAUUUAGUAUUGAAGAUUUUCCGAAAGACAACGAAACAACAACGAAUAAUGUGAAAAAACGAAUUUUUAUUAAUAAUGAUUAUCAAAUAAUAAAUGAUUAUGAUCAAAAAUAUCAUGACGAUGAUGAUGAUAAUGAUGACUCUGAUUUUAAUGAAAAUGAUGAUGCUGAUGAUAAUAAUGAUAAUAGUGAUAAUGAUGAUGAUGAUGAUUCUACAUCAACAACAGAAUGUAUACGUAAAGAAGCAAUUAAUUUAGUUGAUCGUAUACUUGAUGAAAGUAUAAUGUUUGUAAAUGCAAAACAUGAAUUUGAAAAUGCACAACAAUUACAACAACAACCAUCAUCAUUAAAUUUAUGUAAUUUACAAAAUGAUCAAUCAUUAAGUAAUAUUGAAUAUAAUUCAGAAAGUGAUAAUUAUGCUAUAACAUGUGAUGUUGUUAAUGGUAUUGAUAUUGUUAAAUCACCAACAAUUGAAUCAUUAUCUGGACGAUCAUUUGAUGAUAAUAUGAGCGAUCAAUAUAUAUCUAGUAUAUCACCUCAUGUAUCAUUUAUAAUAACAACAAAUAAUAGUUAUAAUAUUGCUAGUAAUAAUAUAACAACAACAAAUAUAAUGCAAUCCUCUAUAACAAAUACAACAAAUAUAUUACGUACAUCACCGACUACAUCAAUUCCAAUACAAUCAAUAAUUAAUACUUCAAUAGCAACAACAGCAACAGUUGAAACACCAUCAACAAUAACAACAACAACACAAUUACCAUCAGGAAUAAUGAAAAAAACUGUUAAAAUAGCUGAUGAUAAUAAUUUAUUAGCUAAUUUUGAUAUUGAAGAUAUUAAUAUUGAUAAUGUUAAAGCAACAGAUGUAUUCGAAGAAAUAACUUGGAGUACAUCUGUUGGCUUAUUAAAAAAUGAUAAUGAUGAUGAUAACGUUGAUGAUGAUGAUAAUAAUGAACAUGAUGAAAUAAGUGAUAUUUCUGAUAAUAAUAAUUUUAUUGAAAUGAAAAAACCUACUAUUACAACAAUAAUGACUAGUAAUGUUGGUUCAACAAAUUCAACUGAUGAAUCUGAUGAUUUUGCAUUAAAUCAAUCAGAUUCUGAUGGUGGUAUACAAACAAGUGAUAUAUUUAAAAAUGAUGACAAUAAUAUUAUAAAACCAAUAACAACAAUAACGACAAUGACAACAAAACAAUCAAAACGUUAUGAACGUAUUGAUAAAAAAUUUGAAAAACUUUCAUCUCAAGUUGAAAAUAUUGAUGAAUUCGCGAAUAAAUUUGAUGCUGAAUUUGAUAAAAUUUGUGAUAAAAAUGAAAUACAAAAUUUACAAAAAGAUUUCGCUAAAAUAAGUUGGGAUGAAAGUGUUUCAAUAACAACAACAGCAACAACUGCUGAUAAUACAGCUGCUGAUCAAAGUACACCUGAUAAUGAUUUACAAGAUUUACCACCAGAAUCAGGAGGUCAAACUACUAUAGUUACUACCACUGUUACGUAUGAUACUGAAAUCAAACCAAAACCAACACCUAGAUUAAGUAAGACAAUAUCAGAAGAAUCGAAAGCUGCAAUUGAUGCUCUAAUAUCUGCCACUAGUACUGUUACUACCACUACAACUACAACAGUUGAUGAACAUAAAGAUUUAAUAUCAACGACAACUGCUACAACUACUGCUACUACCGAAUUAAAAUCAGAUGAUUCAACUGAACAAAAAUCAGUAACAACAGAAGAAAAUAAUUUUAAACAAAGUAAAAUUUUUUGGGAAUCACUUGAAUCACAAAAAACAGAUAGUGAAGAUGUAAUACAUAAAUCACCGAAACCAUCUGGUAUACCAGUACCAAAACCAAGAACCAAAACAACUACGCCGGUUGAUUCAAAUAAAACAACUGAGGAAUCUCUUAGUACAAAAUCUACAAGUAUAUCAUCAGAUCAAAAUGCAGUAUACUCACAAGAAACUAGCAAAGAAACAUCAUCCGAAGAAGUAAAAGAAGAAGCUAUUAAAGACGAACAAAAAGAUAUCACAAAAGAAGAUGAAAAAUCGGUAAGCUCAUCAGUUGAUGCAGAAUCUAAAAGUGUUUCCGAAUUAGAUUCGAAAAAGCCAGGUUUUUAUAUUGGUGACUCAAGUGACGAUAUCAUUAAAAGAUCCAUACCAGAUAAACGUUCCGAUUAUGCUAUUGAUAGUGAAGCAUAUAGAAGUACAUUAGAUGAUGAACAACAGGAAAUUCCAUAUGACGAACCAUCUGCUCCAUCACCUGAACAUGAUAUAUCAAGUGAAGAACAGAAGAAAUCACAUUAUGAAACAGAUGAAGAACAAGAUUCACAUAGUUCGAAAUCUGGCCCUCACAAAAUUGUUAAAAAAACCGAAUCGUAUACUGAAUCUGAAACAGAUUAUCGAAAAGAUUGGCAAAAAAUGGAUAAUUUUGAAGAACAUACCUUAGAUAGCGAAGAAAAAGAUAUUGCUGGAGAUAGUGAAAGCCCUAAACGUUUCGCUGAAACAUUAGAAAAAAAAUCAAAAAUCGAGACCGGCUUCGAACAAGCUGAUAUGGAUUUAACUGCGGCCGGUUUAGCAAAAAUUGAAAAAGAACAAUUUGAAUCAAGACUUUUCCGUCAGGGUUCAGAAACUAGAAAUGAUAUACUUGAGUUCGAAAUUGAAGGUAAAUAUUGUGAAGAAAGUUUUGGUUCUACAACCAAAACUGAUGCCGAUGCUUUCAUUGAAGGCGUAAUACACGAUGAAGCUAGUGAUACUAAAUUUAAAGCCGAACAAUCGAUUCAGGGUGAUGAAAAAGUACAAAAAAUGGAAUUUACUGUGGAAGGUAAAAAGCAAGAUGAUCCGACUACUUUUGUUAAAAUUGAACGCAAAAGUCAUUUAGAAAGUGCAGAUCUUAAAUCAAAGUCGAAAGUUGAAACCGAAGAAAUAGUUCAGACUGAUGUUAGUCCAAUUGAAGUUAAAACGAAAGUUGAAGACUAUAGCCACUCAAGUAAAGCAUUUGAAACGCAACAGUCUCGACAAGAGGAGAUUACAGAUGACUGUAGCAUUUUAAAAAGUGAUGUAACAUUUACAAAAACCGAAACCAAAAAAAUUUCUUCAAAACGAAUUGAAGAAAUUCACAAAGAGAUCCACCAAAUAGAUGUCAUGGAACAUAUAUUAGACGAGUUUAAAGCCCAUGAAGAAGGAUCUAAAUUACCAGAAAUUGAAAGCCAAAAACCAUCAAUUGUUCAAGAAUUAGUAAAAGAAGUUAUUUCAAGUGAAGAUUCAUCUUCUUUUCCUAGUUUACAUAGCGAUCAUUCAUUUUUAAGUGAACAAAUGUAUUCAGCAGAACAUCAUUUUCCUGAAAGAAAAAAAUCAACAUCAGAAUUAGCACAAUAUUUUCAGUCUGAAAUGGAUAAAGAAGAAAAAGAAAUUAAAGAACAAUCAUCUACUGAUAUUAUGCAUGAGCAAGCUGAAAACCUCGAAAAACGUAUGGAAGCUAUUCAUCAAGAAAUUCACCAAAUUGACACAGUUGAACAGAUGAUAGAAGGCUUAAAAGAGCACGAAAAAGAAAUUCACCAUACUGAAUUUGAAGACUAUAAAAAAGCAGAAGGAAAAGAAAUUUCUCAUGAAACUGUAACUUCUGAAAUUAUAACAGAAUUCCCAGCCACACACGAAACACACAUAAGUUCCUUGGUUACGGAGCACACAGAACAUUUUCCAACAAAAGAAGCGGCAGCUGCAUUUGAAUAUGAUGAUGAUGAAAAAGUUUUUGAAUCGCACGAAGAGAAGAUUUCUGAAUGCAUGCAAUAUCAGAGAGAUGAAAAAAUUCUACAAACCUUACAUGAUGGAAAAAUUGUUGAAGACAAGACAGUAUUUCAAGAAAUGCGUAUUGCAGAUGAACCACAAUUAAAAGUGGGGUCAAUUGAAAUUGUAAAAUCACCUCUACAAGUAGCAGUUAUAGAAACUGUUCCAUCAGAUGAAGUACUAGAAAGCGAUUCAGAAAAAAUCAUCAUGGAAAUUGAGGAAGCUCCAGAAAUUAUUGCUCACCAAACUGAAGAGGAGACUGUUACAUUUGAAAAAGCUAUAGUUCAAGGAGUAAUUGAGGUGGAAGAAAGGAAACCAUUACAUACAGCUUACAUGGAAGAAAGUGAUAUAUUUGUUGAACAUAUUAUCGAAGAACAGCAGCCAGAAGGACUAAGUAAGGCAGUGAUACAAGAAUUAGAAACUUCAAAACCAGUUUAUACCCCAGCUAGCGCAAAAGCGGAGGCCAUUCUUACUUCUAUUAAACCAUUGGAAAUUUUGAAAGACAAAGACACAAGAGAAGAGCACAAAGAUAAAGAUUUUCUUGAUCCUGAAGAUAUAUUUGAAGAGGAAGCUCUUACAGAUCAACAUAUUGAUGAUAAGUACAAAGAUAAGACGCACAAACCGGCUAGCAUAAGUCCUAAAUUUUCGGAACAAAAAGUCAAAUUUGAUCAUAAGCUCGAUUUAAAUUUAGAAAAAAGUGAAACGGAAGUAUCCGAAAAAUAUUCAAAAUCAUCAAAAUCGGAAGAGGAAUUUAAAAAAUCGUUGAUUACUGAUCCAAGUCAGGUCGAUACAUCAAUGGUAGUAAAGACACUCGAAGAAGUUGAAGAAUCUUUGGACGCCGUACAAGAAGAAUUAAUUGAAGUUGUCAAAGACGGAAAAUUAAUAAAACAAAGCCCAUCUGAAUUUGAAUUUAAAAUAUUAUCGUCCCACCACAUGCAAAAAUAUGCCGCAGAGCCAAUUCAUGAAUCUUUUCAUGAAGAAUCGAGCACAACUGGAUCUUCAAGUGAACAACAAUUAAAAGACAAACCCGAAUCUCAAAAGACAGAAACAACCUCAGAUUCUUUGAAAACUGACGACUUUGCCUCAUUAUCCUCAACAGAAGAUUCAUCACAUCGGUUGGAUGUUGUGCAUCGAAUUAAAAAAGAUACUCAAGUUGAUUCACUGAAUCGAUUAUCUGGAUUAGAACAAGAUCACUCUAGUUCGAGUGAUAGUCAUUACCGUAGUUUAGAUAAAACAGAAAGUAGUAGACCUGCUUCUUCUGACUUAGAUAAUUUGAUUACAUAUGGCAAUUCUUCGGAAUAUCAAACCGCACUUGAUGCGUCUUUAUUACCAGAGUCUGCAGAAUAUGUAAGCGCUAUAAGUUCAUUUGAUUCAAGUGGAAAAACUAUUAGCUCGCAAGAGAGUAUGAAAAGCUUAGACUCUGAAUUAUCAAAUUUAGGAAGCGUUGAAAUUUCUGAAGCCUCUGAAACUUUAAUUGGCUCUAUUGGAGAAGGCGAUCUUGAUCGAGAAAUACAAGAAGUUGAUGACAUCGAGUUCGAAGUUGAUGACAAGCUCUGUGGGGUUCUAAUGGAAGAAGCUCCACCAGUUUGCCAAAUGAAACGCUCUCAAGAAAUGAUUUUUACUCAAGACGAUUUCAAAAAAUCUGAUGAAUCACCAGAAAAAAAAGACGAAGAUAAAUUAAGCAGUAGUGUUGAAGAUACCACGGGUAGAACAUUCAGAGAAUCUACAGAAAAAUUAAGUAGUAGUAUGGAUGAGGCAUCUCGUUUAUUAGAAGAAUCCAAAUUUAGCCUCGAAGAAGGCAGUCUACUCUCUAUGAGCUUAUCGAGCGCCUCCGCAGUUGAUACUGUUGUAGAAAAUAUAGACGAUUUAGCCAGUUCUCUUGGUGCUUCUUCUUUAACCGGAUUUGAAAUGCAAUCACUAAUACGUGAUGAUUUUACUGGAACGUCCUUUGAAGAACCGUCUAAAAUUGAGAAAAUUGAUAGUAUGACAAUGACAAUAUCAUCAGGUAAAGAUGAAGAUACCAAUUUUGCUAACACUCAAAUAACUACUAUAGUCGCUUCAUCUUCGGUUGAAUCUUCUGACUCUGAACCUAAACGCAAAGGUCACAAGCGUAGUGAAAGCACUGCUUUUGGUACGACGGACUUUCUAAAAGGAAUUUCGAAAGAUUCAUCAUCGCUUGAGGAAGAGGAAGAAGAGAAAGAAGAAAUAUUGGAAGAAAUAUUUCCAGUAAAAACAUCGCCUUCACAUGACGAAACUGCAACUACCUUCCCAAAGUCGGCUGCAGUUGCUGCUGGAUUAGGUGACGAAACUAAAAAAGGUAGUGAAUCAGAGUCUGAUACGGAUCCUUACGAAUCUGAAUACGCUAGAGCUUUUAGAUCACCAACUGUUCAAAAAAAGAAAAGCCGCAAAUCGGUAGAAGAAAUUUUUGAAAAAGAUCAAGAGCCAGAAAAACGUCCUUUUACUCCCUCUCAGCUAGUUAGUGAGGUUAUUGAAGAAGACGCUACUGAAGAAUUAGAGUCAAUUAAAACGGCUGAAGAACUGGAAAGAAGACCAUCUCAAAAUAUGCAAGAUUAUUCCAAUAUCCCCAAUAUUACUAUAACGGAAGAUAGACAACGUCAACUAGAUGAAGAAGAUGACGAAAUUGAAAAAUUCAUUAGAGAACAAGACAGUGACUAUAAAGACGACGAACAAGAAAAAGUUUUAUAUAAAAUGAAAACACAAGAUGAAUUAAAUAAGGCGGCUGAUGUACCUUUGAAAUUUGCUAAAGAAAAAGAAUGCUCAAUGACUGAUGAACAAUUAAAUGAAUUAAUUCAGCAACAAUAUCAAAGAAAAUUAGCAGAAAUUGAAGGUCGUGCAUUAUCAGAGGAAGAUAAAGCACCAGAUUCACCGGAUUCUUUUGAAAUGCUUGAACAGCCAGAUAUUUCUGAUGAAUUUGUAAUAAUUGAAGAAGUAGCGAAAGAAGCGGAUGAAUUUGAUAUGGAAGGUAAAAGUGUUAGCAUCAAACCAGUAAAAUAUGAGAAAAAACAUGAUGAAGAAGUUGAAAAAAUUCUUGUUAGUUCAGCACCCGCCGAUCCUCAUCAAGGUUCUAUAAUGUACAGGGAAGGACUUAAUUUCGAAUUUGAGGAAAGUCCUCCAACGGAGCAAACUCAAGAAGAAGCUGAAGCAGCUGAUUUAGCUGCAGCAAACAAAAGAUGGGUAGAAAUGCAAAUGUCUGAUAAUGGCCAAAUGAGAUACCCGUACGAGGUUGGUGGAACAGUUCUAGAAGAUAUAAAAGAAGAAGAUGGGGAACUAGAAGUUGGUAGUAGCAGAAUAAGUAGUUUUAAAGAUUCAUUUUCUAGUACGCCAGAAUAUGACGUAUUAGCUGGGCGAAAAUAUUUUACAAAAGAACAUGAUGAUAUUUCAAUGAGUAGCCUGCAAGAAUUCGAAAACUUAGAACAAGCAAUUUCUUUAGAAAACAGAAAAUUACACCAACAUCAACACCAAGGAUCGCAAGAUUCGUUAAGCAACGGUAGUUUUACACGUCGUUAUAUGGCACGAAAUCAACAAGGUGAUGAUGUAUCACUAUCAAGUUUAAAAGAAUUUGAAGGAUUAGAAAAUGCUUGCUUAGAAGCACAUCUAAUAGAAAUCAAAGCCAAAGAAGAAGCAGCCUUACUCUUAUCAAGAUCAGAUGAAUCAAACAAAUCUGGAAGUGGUAAAGAUGAGGUAAAGGGAACAAAUGGAACUUCAAUCACUACGACAAGCAGUUCAACUAUAACACAGUCUUUGAUUACGUCUUCAACAAACGGAAACGCAUCAAAGUUAAACCAGCAACAAAUUGAAGCACUUAUUAAAUCAAAAUUAGAAGAAUGUGAAGAGGAACCCUCCAAUUUAAUGGAGGUUUCAACAGAUAGUUUAGACCUAGCUAAAAAAUCAAAAUCAACUAAUAAUGAAGAGAAAAAGAGUGAAUUAGGUAGUAGCGAUAGUUUAGAAAUUAAUAGAAGCGGGGAUAUUAUGACGAGUAGUAUUGAUUCAUUUGAAAUAUCUAAGGAUGCCACAGCACGAUCGUCUCGAUCAGAGGGAGACUCAUUAGAACAACAAUUAAUUCAAGAAGGAAGACGUGAUAGUAUUGAUUCCAUUGAAUUAGAACAAGCCGCUUUGCAACUAGUUACAUCUGGUGGUCCUGAAAAACAAAUAACAAUAUCAGAAUUUGAACAAAUUGCACCAGAUGGCAGUCGUCAAACAAUUACUAAAACAACAACAAUUAUGCAAGGACCAACACAAGUUCUAUCAAAAACUGUAACAUCGACUGUAACAUCAAGUAGUAUAACAUCAGAACAUUCUGAUACAGGAACAAUACAGGAUCCAAUAAAAAUUAUUAAAAAUAUUUCAAGUGAUUCAUUAAAUUUAACUGGUCAAACUGAUCCAGAUCUAUUAUUAACUAGUACAGAAAGUUUAGAUCGUACAAGUUCAGCUGGUACAAAUGCUACAUAUCAAAAUGAAAAUGAAUCAAUAAUGACAAGUAGCGUUACUAGUUGUGCAUCUAGUACUCUUAUGGAAAAUUUAGAAAGUACAUCAUUUCCAACUGAAUUAUAUCAAUCAAUGUCAACAUCAGCGAUGACAAGUAGUGGUAUAUUUCCUUCAUCUGGUCAAUUUACAUAUGAAGAGAUGAUACCAACAGCAGUUGCUAGUGUAUUACCAACAACAGCGACUGGAACAUUUAGUACAAUUAAAACUACAACAACAACAGCAACGACACAAGUUGUAACAAAAAGUGGUAGUGGACAUAAGAUUGAUGAACAUAAGUUGUUAUAUGAACAUUCCGAUUUAUCCUUUGAAAAAGACUUUGAAAAACUAGAUACAGCUUCUAUACAAAAACCAGGUGGUGAAGAAGAACAAAUAAUUAAAUCAGAGUCAAAAAAAUCAACAGAAGAGCCGAAAAAGUAAAUAUUUAUAAAUUCGAAAUCAUUCCAAAGCCAAAAUAAACAAAUUGAAAAUCAACAAUAAAUUCAUUUAAUGAACUAUCCUCUAAGUUGUCAAAAAAAUUAAAUAAUAACAAGAAGAAAGCUCAAUAGAAGAAAGAGAUAGAUCCCGCAUUAUGGACAAAACGAUUUCCUUAUAUUAUAUGUGACCAAUUUUAAUUAUAUUAUUUCAUCUAUAACAAUAUUAUGACAUAAAAUAGAUGAUUACCAUCUAUAAAUUUAAUUUACAAAAUUAAACAAAAACAAAAACCAAAAUUAAUACUAUAAUUCUUCAAAUUAACAACCAAAACAAAAAAAAUUAUAUGUUAAUUAUAUUUAUUAUAAAUUCAUUGUCUAUGUCAUGCAAUUUUUCUAUACAAAACAAAAAACAAAUUUAUAUUCAAUGUAUUUUCAAAUUUAAUUUAUUUUCAAUGUAUUUUAAAAAAUUCAA